UUGUAAUAUAUACACAUUGCUAAUUUUCAAUAUCAACGUAAAACUGAAAUUAACAAAAGCAAAACAAAAUGACUGCCAAUAUUAUGGAUUUGCCUUUACGCGAAAUCAUUGCAAAUUGUGGCGCAAAGGAAUUUUUUCAUGACGGAAAUUUAGAUGGGGACAGAGCUGUUUGUUGGGCAAGAUUAAGUAACGACGGUGCUUCAUAUAUUAUAGCAGCUAGCAAUGGAUUUGAUAUUUGGAGAGUGAGCUUUGAGAAGUAUGAUUUAGUUACUCAAUACGAAUCAAGCGAAGUGGACAAUUUGGAGAAAUUUUUGGAUGUUAUAAAGUAUGCGUUUGAGAGUUCAACAUUGUCCUUGGUCAAAGUUGGGAAUAAAGUUAUCUUACAUUGUCCUGGAGAAAAGAAUUCAUUAAAUUUUGACUUGUAUGAAGCAAAAAUAAAUGAUAAAAAAUCAGAGCUGCACUACAUAAUGUUCAAUUUAACUGAUAAAGUGAAAGAGUUGAGAAAGACUCUAACAGAAGCAAAUGAGGCAUUAGAAAUGGGAAGAGAAAAAGAAAGAAACAGCUCAGACAAUCAAGAGUUUGGUUAUGAACCUGCCAGAAAAAGCAGGCAGGGUAUGAACUUGAGACGAAAACCACAAGGCAGUAGUCUUGUAAAUCCGAGCAGUAAAAAAGCAAAAAGAGCUAAAGGCAUUAGUUUUGAGUGAACAAACGUGUGUACUGUGUAGUUUGCCAAGGCUGUAUUAGGUCAAUUAAAUUCAUAUUUGGUGUGUUGCAAUGUGGUCAUUUUAUACCAAGUUAAAUUUUAUUCAUGACUCUAUAGUUUUAAAUCUUGAAAGAGAAGAGUAAUUAGAGAUUACCAAACAAGUGAUAGAUAUGAAAGACUGAAAGUAAACUA